UGCGAAUCGAGUGACGUCCUAAGCUUCUUUUCCCCCUCCUGCGAUUCUCCGCGGCACCAUGUCUUCCGCCACGACUGCAUCAGAAAAGCCUCUCUCCUUCAUGGAGAAGCUUAACCCGCUUAUCUCCGUCUACCGGCCGUCAGAAGUUUCGACUUCCAACACAAACACAACUCGUCAGCUACGACUCAUCAUCAUCGCUAGUUGGACUGGUGCCAAAGAUGCCCACAUCGCGAAAUAUGUGGUCAAAUAUCAGUCCAUGUAUCCCGCGGCUCAGAUCCUCUUACUUAAGAGUACCAUGAGUUGCAUGUUUCAACCAUCUCAGAUUAGCCCUGCCAUGAAAGAUGCUACCCCUAUUAUCCGUGCCGCUAUGCAGCCAGUGGUAUCAUCAUCAUCGUCUUCGCCACCUCUCCUCAUCCACAUGUUGUCCAACGGUGGCUCCUCGAGUCUAGCAAACCUAUACGAGCAGUAUUCUGCCACAGCAGGACCAAAUGGGAACGACAAGCGCCUCCCCCCACACGUUACCAUCUAUGAUUCGUGCCCCGGCCUCUUCCGCCUUCCACGUGUUGUUGCCUUCACCAGCGUCGGCCUUUCCUCUCUCCAGCAACUCAUCGCCGCGCCGUUCAUGUACGCCUUGGCCGCUGUGUGGAGUGUGGCAAUCACCCUAUCCAUUUUCCCCAACUCACUAGGCGACUGGUACAAGUCACACAACAACGACGCGGCCAACGCGGCUGAGGUACGACGGGUUUACAUAUAUAGUCGCACUGACGCGUUGAUUGAUCUUCAAGACGUCGAGGCGCACGCUGCUGAGGCCGAGACCAAGGGGUUCUCCGUCGCAUUGGAGAAGUACGAGGGUUCCGCGCACGUCGCGCACCUGCGGAAGGAUGAAAGCCGUUACUGGGAGAUCGUCAGGAGGACGGUCGAAGGAUAAGAUCUGGCGCUGAAGUGUUGCUUGGAAGGUUGUCCAAAGAUGAGACAGUUAUGGGAGAUGGGUGGUCACAACAUAUGCCAGUUUGUCGUACAGGUCCCAGUGAGCUGUGUCAGAGAAAGGUAUGCACUAGGCUGUGCUUCAAUCGUUCUUGUUUCGACUGGUGUCUCGACCACAAUAUCCCUCACUGUGGGAAAGGGAUGGUGAGGUAUCAGUAACGGCGACCCCCAUUGGAAAGAAUGCUUAGGGGUAACUGGUUGAACAGACAGAGG